GUUCACUGUACUCAUCCACCUCGACAACGGCAGCCAAUCCAACAGCACACACAACGAAGGGCGCUACCAGGGAUUGGGACAAGGGAACAGGGGAAAUCGUACGCAAAGAAGGACAGAGUAGAACGCGAGGGAAGGGUCGUAACAUCAGUCGUUGUCAGGGGAGCGGAGCACCCUUGCUCAUUCACCCAGGUCUCCUCUCUUUGCUCGUGAACAGGGACGAAGUACUUGGACGGUGUGGACGAUUCGUACGACAACGACCACAUACGCAGACCUGAACGACAUCCACGGCCUAUUCUCCGAAAACGACGACAACGACGACGACAAGGAAGAACGAGACGAACGACGGUCUAGGUGGAUAUCUGUAAAGAGCAAACUCAUACGACCAGGAUAGGAUAACAGACGACUUGGACUUUGCUGUUGCCAUCUAUCAAGCAUCAGCGACUCACCGAACGAUCACGGACUGUAACUCGACUUCAACGCCGUAUACCCCUUUUCACGACUUUCUGAUCCUCUGUACAUCCGCGACAACAAAAUCAUGGCAUUCGAGUCGCCUCGCAACCUGACGCCUACCGCGCUCACCCCCUCGCGCCCAGCCCCACCCGCCCCGCUCCAACGCCGCCCGACGGACCUCUCCCUGCCAAUCUCCAACCCCCUCCCUCUUCAACUGUCCCAGCCCGGGUCAGCCACCAGUAGCCUGCGCUCCUACUCUCCUGCAGGCGCAUCGCUCAACGGUAGCUCACCGGGCCCUGGGGGUAGCAUGUGGACCUCGGGAGGAAGGGAGGACCCCUAUGGUGGAGGUAUCGGGAGCAUGGCAGUCGUCCAGAGCGGAUGGGUACAACUGAAGGAAGAAGGAUUCGCAGGCUUGUUCUGGCAGAGGAGGUAUAUGGUGCUCAGGGAAGGCAGCUUGAGUUUCCACAAGACCGAGAGUUCCGGUGCAAGCAGCACCCUCUCCUUGCGCGACAUCCAGUCGGUGUCGCGUGUCGAAUUACGCCCCUACUGCCUCCUCAUCGAGCUCUCUGCCUCUCGUGGGAAACUUCACAUCUCGUUCAAGUCCGACGCAGAGCUGUAUCAAUGGCAGGAGGAGAUCUACUCACGAUCUCCCUCUGCGGGCGUCUCGCAUCCCACGGACUUCGUGCACAAGGUGCAUGUCGGUUUCGAUCCAGUGUCAGGGGCAUUCACGGGCCUGCCAGAACAGUGGACGCGCCUGUUGUCUGCAAGUCAGAUCACGAAGGAAGACUAUGCGAAGAAUCCACAGGCGGUGUUGGACGUGCUUGAGUUCUAUACCGAUCGCCAGAAACGCGAGGCCGAAGGGGGCGAUCUGACAAUUGCCGGGCCUGGAAAUGCUGCGGUUGUCACGCGCCCUCCGCCGCCAGGGCGCUUCGCGGGUGGUACGGGCUUGGGUGGACAGCUAGCUCAGCAGAAGAACGCAGACGCGAACGGGAGUACCACGAGCCUUAACACCCUCGCUACUACCACCACUGCGAAUACUGUCGUAUCCGAUUCAUCGCGCGCGCCUUUGAUAAAGCAGAACACCGCUCCCGCGGCAUUGGACACUCGCAAUGCGGAGAGCAGACUGAGAGAGCUCACUCUCGCGAACAGCGCCCGACCGCUCCCUCAGGCUUCGCGGCCUGCCCCUGCCCCGCCCGGAUCCAGACCGCCUGUGCAGGCUAAUCGUCCUGCUCCCCCACCCCCUGGACAGCGUGCCCAACCCAAACAGCAAGAUUACUUUAAGGACAACUUCAGCAGUCCUGUCACUACUGGUGUUUCAUCUUCCCAGAUGGAGGAGCGUGGGCCACAUAUACCAGCUACCCUCGCGCCCAUGUCCGACACCACACGGCAACAGGUCUCGCCCGCCAAAUCUGCGCCCACAUCCAAUGCCAAUUCCUCCACGGCCGCAGGUGCCCUAGCCGGUCCACCCCCGGUGAAACCCCUCCAGACGGCCAAGAAACUCCCUGUGCCUGCUACAGAUCCAUUGGCGACUGCGAUGGACAAACUUGAGGCGAAGAGCCCUGAGGGAAUCCGAGAACGGGAACUGAAGAAAAAGGCCGAGGAAGAGAAGAGGAUCAGCACAUUGAGCGAAGGCCAGAUCAUGGAGCGCAUGCGGGCCGUCGUUGAUCGGGAGAAUCCGAAGGAGCUAUAUGCACGGAUCAGGAAGAUUGGUCAGGGUGCUUCUGGCCAAGUGUGGGUCGCGAAAAGCAACAUGGGAGGACAUAAGGUAGCCAUCAAGCAGAUGGAUCUGUCCCACCAGCCGCGCAAGGAGCUCAUCGUCAAUGAAAUUAUUGUGAUGAAGGAAUCACAGCAUCCUAACAUUGUCAACUUCAUCGCCUCCUAUCUCGUUAACUCAAACGAACUCUGGGUUGUCAUGGAGUACAUGGAAGGCGGCGCGCUCACGGACGUCAUUGAGCACAACAACCUCAGUGAGGACCAGAUCAGCGCUAUCUGUCUUGAGACGUGCAAAGGUCUGUGUCACCUCCAUGAUCAGAGCAUCAUCCACCGUGACAUUAAAAGUGACAAUGUCCUGUUGGAUGCGCAAGGAAGGGUUAAAAUCACGGACUUUGGUUUCUGUGCUAAGCUAACGGAAACGAAGUCGAAACGCGCAACCAUGGUCGGUACGCCGUACUGGAUGGCGCCCGAGGUAGUGAAGCAAAAGGAGUACGGUGCCAAGGUUGAUAUAUGGUCGCUCGGCAUCAUGGCCAUCGAGAUGAUUGAAAAGGAGCCGCCAUACCUUGAUGAGGAACCGCUCAAGGCACUCUACCUCAUCGCGACAAACGGCACUCCAACAUUGAAGAACCCCGAGGCUCUGAGCCGCGAGCUCAAAAGCUUCCUCAGCGUUUGCUUGUGUGUUGAUGUCAAGUCUCGUGCGACAGCGGAUGAGCUGCUUAGGCACGAGUUUUUCCAGCUUGCCUGCUCACCGCAGCAGGGUCUCGCACCUCUCCUACGAUGGCGCAAUAACCAGGGCGCGUAGCGUUUGAUGUGCAGCGUAUGCACCUGCCUCGAUCUGUUCCUUACUGGAUGAACCUGCCCGCGGGUUCCUCCCGUUCUCUCCCCUAGUAUAGAAAAAUUCCAAAAACUCCUUCGCUGCAUGUGCUGAUAUUUUCGGAAGUGUACACUAGCUCAGUUAUGCCCUCUAGAGGACACAAAUCCC